AUGGUGGUUAAAGAAAUUCCAAGAGUGUCUGAAUCCAAAGAGAGCCUCUCUUCCUGUCCACAGACGCAUUGUGCUGAGAACCUGCUCAAGGCUGACACCUAUCGCAAGUGGAAGGCUGCCCAGGCUGGGGAAAAGCAAGUCUCUGUCAUAUUACAAUUUGAAAAAGAGGAGCAGAUUCACAGCAUUGAUAUUGGCAAUGAAGGCUCUGCCUUUGUGGAAGUGCUGGCUGGGAGCUCUGCCUCCUCCAGUGAGCAGAAUUAUGAGGUGCUGUUGGUUACAUCCUCCUUCAUGUCUCCCUCAGAGAGCAAGAGUAGCACCAACUUGAACAGAGUCCGUAUGUUUGGGCCAGAUAAACUGGUGAAGGCUACAGCUGAGAAGAAGUGGGACCGAGUUAAGAUUGUUUGUACCCAGCCGUAUACCAAGUCUCUGGCUUAUGGCCUUUCCUUCGUGCGGUUCCAUUCUCCUCCAGACAGCAGUGAGACACAUUCCAAAGCGGUUUCACCGAAGGUCACCAAAUUGGGCCAGUUUAAGGUGAAGGAGGAUGACAGCAACUCCAGCUCUCUGAAACCUGGUGCUCUCUUUUUCAGCCGUGCCAGCAAACCUCUGGUCUCCCCUCCUAAAGCAUCUCAGAAUGACCAGCCUUCGCCCAGUUAUGCUGCUGCCUCACUACAGACCAACAAAUCUCUUUCUCCUGACUCUUCACCAUCAGCAGUGGAAAAGCCCACCACCAAAACUCCACCCAAGGAACCCACCCCAGUCAAAAGGAAAUUUGAGUUCAGCAAAGAAAAUGCUGGCCUCUCAUCAGCAACCAAGAAAGCUAACCCUGAUAAGUCCCGCGUUACACACCCACCUUCCAAAAAACACAAAGUCUCUCUCUCCACGUCUCCUCCCCAGAAGACGCUGCCUUUCAAAAAAGCUCUUCCAACGCAGUCUUCAGAGGAGACAGCCGCCAACGGGUCUUUCCAGCAACUCCUACAGGGUACUGUCUUCGUGCUGAGUGGCUUCCAGAACCCCUUUCGCUCUGAAUUAAGGGACAAGGCCUUGGAGAUGGGGGCCAAGUACCGUCCAGACUGGACCCCUGACAGCACUCACCUCAUCUGUGCCUUUGCCAACACCCCCAAAUACAGCCAGGUGAAAGGGCUCGGGGGCACCAUUGUACGGAAAGAAUGGAUCCUGGACUGUCACCGUACCCGUCGGUGCUUGCCCUGCAAACGGUACCUGAUGGGUGGCCCCGAUUCAUCCAGCAGUGAACAGGAAGAGAGCGAGGAGGAGACCCCCGCUCCGCCUCGCAGACCUUUGACUCCUCAACAGAGAACCAGUGUGCCAAGCCCCAACCACAAAGUUAAGCCUGCCACCAGCCCCAAAGUAACGCAGGCGGUGCCACCCAGAGUGUCUCCUGGGGAGGAAGAGGAGGAGCCCACCACCUCUCAAAACAGCAACAUCCACAACAAUUCAAGGGCAUCCAGUGGGGAUGAGAAAUUUGCAGGUCUUCAAAACAACGGAGACGAAGGGUCUGGUGACACCGAUGACGAGUUAAGAAGAGUUGAAGAGGAGCACCGCAAAAAGCAGCAAGGUGGACGGAGGCUAGUCCCAGAACCAGACAAUGACCCCUACGCUGGUUCCACUGACGAGAACACAGAUGUUGAGGAACAAGGGGAGCCAGAUCAGCCUAUCCCAGAACUUCCAGAUCUGUUUGUGGGCAAAUGCUUCUUCCUUUAUGGUGAAUUCCCUUCUCAGGAACGACGCCUCUUGAAUCGCUACAUCAUUGCUUUUAACGGGGAAGUGGAGGACUACAUGAACGAGCGUGUAAACUAUGUGAUCACGGCUCAAGAAUGGGAUGACACAUUUGACGAGGCUCUGAAUGAGAACCCCAACCUUUCCUUCGUGCGUCCCCGUUGGAUCUACAACUGCAAUGACCGGCAGAAGCUGAUUCCCCACCAGCCGUAUGUCGUGGUGCCGCGAGCAUAGGAGGAUCCAUCCUGCUGGAGUUUGUAUAUAAUGUAUAUUCGUCUCUCUUGGGGGAAGAUCCUUAGCCUCCUGGCUAGUUGAAACAGGGCACUCCUGCUGGGAGAAAUUGCCUUCCUCUGAAGCCCUCCAACCUUGGGGUGGUUUGGAUGGUCUUCGUUGUGUUCCCCCCACCCGCUCAGUUCCACCACAUCAUGUCGGAAGCCAGUCUGCUUUUGGAAAGCAAUGCUUGCUGCGGGCUGCUCUGGGAACAGGGCUAGAGUCAUCUUCCAGGAUGGGGAAGGCGCUCCCUUAAAAUUAGAGCCCAGGGUUCAACAAAGGCAAAAGUUAAUGUACAGAACAAAUUCACAGGCCUCUUUCACGCCUUUCUAUUUCUUGCCCUUCUCACUACCCAUUUAGUAUUGGUGGUCUUCUCUUCUUUGUCUCCCCAGGCACGUGUCCUGGCUGAGCAUUUUUGCCUCUCCCUACGGACGUGUCUUUUUUCAUACCCUGAACCCCUUACUGCAGCAAACCUUAUUUUCUUAAGCAGGUAGUUUGGGGUUUCGCAGAAGAAAAACCUGUCCCGUUUUUUUCACCUAGGGUGUUUUCAGUUUCACGAUAGUACAGGUGGGGCUUGUCUCCAUCAUUGGUGUAGAUAAACCUCUGUUGAUUGUAUCUGCAGGCAAAGCCAAGCUCGUUGCUGUAAAAUGCAGAGAUUGACAAAUCGCAUGCACAUUUUUCACAAAAAAAAAAAAACAAAACCACCCAGGAAAAAUGGCAUCCCGUAACCCCGCCCAAUCCUGGCUUGUGUUGGCAAAUGCCCUUUUCUGAUUAGAAGUGUUACAUACGGGCUCCAUCAGCUAAGUGAACACUUUCCCUGACCAAUUAUUUGAAGAAGAGGGUGUUUGGGCUUAGAUCAGGGGUCUCCAACCUUGGCAACGUUAUGCCAGCUGGGGAAUUCUGGGAGUUGAAGUCCUUCAGGCUUAAAGUUGCCAAGGUUGGAGACCCCUGGCCUAGAUAUCCGAUGGUAGCAAAGUUGAGAACGGAAGUAUUAGAAGAAACCAUGAUUGCUUUAACCGUAUCACAAUUUCUGGGGUAGGCUUGUGUGGCUGAAGUCUUCCUUUCAUUUUCGAUGAAUUUUCCCCAAGUCCCUCUGUAGGAAAAUAAGAAACUGCUUUAGUUAAUUUUCAUGAUGGAAUUGUUCCGUUUUCCGCAGAGCAUCGUCAGUUUCACUAUGAAUUGUUUUGGCCCCUCCUGCUUCUUUGGAAGGAAAAAAUAUUGGACCAUUUGUAUAGGUUCUUUUCAGAGUAGUGCUUCUUAACCUUGGCAACUUUAAAAUGAGUGAACUUCAACUCCCAGAAUUCCCUAGCCAGCAGAAUUCUCCAGUCAGAAUUCGGGUUGGGGAACUCUGGGAGUUGAAGUCCAUGCAUUUUAAAGUUCUCAAGGUUAAGACUAUUUUCAGAAUGACAUCCCAUUCCCCAAAGGUCACGUUCCUUCCCACUUUUCAGUUGCUGUAAACUGGCCUGGGAUGUCUUGAAUAAUCUACCUCAUUUUUACAGCUGGUUUCUUAUUUCCCAGUUCUAUAUUUGCAAUCAAACCAGCCAUUCUACUCUUGGUUUUCUUACUUCCUUGCUUUCACAGGAAAAAAUGUUAAUCGGUUGUGGGAGUGUUUUACUUGUGAUGGGCACUGCAGAAUUGGAGGUCCAUCUCUUGUUGAGACAUUCGUCAAUUGCGGUGUAUUCAUUAUUGUCAAGCAGAUUUUCUUUUUUAUAAAGAUUCCAAGAUGGAAGCCAGAGAUUUUCCCUGGAGCCUGAAUUUUGUUUUAUGUGCUGGAAACUCUCAACCCUCUAAUUAGGAGGGAGAUACUUGAGGAGGGAGUUCUCCUUCCUACCACUUCUUCUUUUUAAAUUCAUGACGUAGAAUAACUUUGGCUGUACUUUCAUUCCUUCUCAUCCUUUAUCCUGGCAAUUCAGAACUUACCCAGAUAAGGAGCGGCUAAAAUAUUAACAAACAUUCCAUUCUGGAUGGAGUUUGCUCAGUUCUUCCCAACUUGAGUGGAUUUCCUUGGUACAGAUGAUGCAGGUCUGUCUGCCCCGCAAAAGACAUCGCAGUUUUAUGGACUUCCAUUCCCAGAAUUCCCUAACUAGUCUUAAUAGUUAGAGAAUUCUGGGACUGAAAAUGUGCACAUCUCGAAGGGGCCAGGAUUGGAGGUGGUUGUAUUAGAGGAUAUUCCUGGUCUCAGAGGAUGGAAUGUUUGCAAGGAAGGCUUGUGUCGAGAAAUUAGCUUUUAAGAGCACAUUAAAAAGAACACAAGAGGAAUUUGCAAGUGACUCUUUUAAUGAUGCCAAAUUGUUAAGGAGAAAGGAGUAGCCUUGGCAGCUAAACUAGCUGAAUGCUUUACUAUUGUACAGUCCAUGUUCCACAAAGACUCAAGGGCUUGCUUGUUUUCUAUAAAUUUACACCUUGGUUCAGCAGUUGUUCUGAGAUUCCAGCGACAAAACUACGGGAAGUAUUCUUGUUCUCUUUUCCUAUAUCAUGUUAUGGUUUUAAUAAAACAAGAUGGAAGUCUCCACAGGCGACAUCUUUUAAGAAUUUGUCGACGCUGCCAGGGAAAGAUAAUAUUCCUCUGUGACCUCAAGUAGGACUCCUGUUCUCUUGGUGAGAAGAUAAGCUUUUAAAUAUUUUACAAGAUUUUAGUGCUUCAGAUGGCCAGGGACAGUUCUUAAAACGGCUUCAAAUUCUUCAAAUUUAAAACGGCUUCAAGUUCUUUCAAGUGAGGCAAUGAAAACAAAACGAGGGCAGAAAAGUUUGAAAGUAAAGUACUGCAUGGUAAAAGCUGUGUACUCUACUUUCUCUGCCCUGGCUUUGCCUUGUUCAUAGAGCCCCAGAUGGAUGCUUAAGCAACUUUCGGAAACCAUACAAACAAUACAAUGUUCAGAAGUGAGCUAGAUAGUCCCCAAGGUGCUUUUUUUUCAAGAGGCAACUGGACUUUCUUGUUUGUGUUUGAAGACAUUUCGCUUCUCAUCCAAGGAAGCGAAACGUCUUCAAAGAAAACUAAAGUCCAGUUGCCUCUUGAAAAAAGCACCUCGGGGACAACCCUGACCUGAGAAUCUCCAUAGACUAGUACUUGAUACUUCUUAGGGUUAGGAUCGGGGUUUUGUGAGUAUAUACUGCUUU